CCGAUUGCUAAUACAUCUUUGGAGCAAAAAAUGAUAAAACUGACGAAAAAUAUUCUAGAACCAAAACUAGGCGCUAAGAGCUGCAGUACAUCUGAACAACCCACAUGACUAGUUUACGGCAAUUACGACAAAUAGAAAAGACGCGUACUUAUAUUAAUUGCUAUCUUGUUAGACAAGUAAGAUGCCCUCGUCACGUCCUAGUAAGUCUGAAAAAUAUAAUUCCCAAGAACAGGAAAUAAUCGCUCCUUGGGAUUGGAUCUUUCAUUUAGGUUUUUUCGACUGUUGUCUGUGUCUCAUAUUAGCUUUUCUCUCCUAUUCUAUCUAUACAGAGGUAGUAGGCUUAUUCUCUACGGGAGCUCCUGUGCAUCCUUCAUUGCUUGAAGAGAAUAAGACUGUCUAGACUAAAAAACGUAUAUUAAACAACAUUGUUGGUCUCGACCGUAUAUUAAAAACAACAAAUACAUGUUGGUCUGCACCAUCGUGUGAGCGUAAGUUGCAUGGCCUCUUACGUCUAGCGUAAGUUACAGUUCGGAAUUCUGGCAUGGUCGCUGAAGCCUGAGUUAGGAACAGCGCGCGACAGAGGACCCAACUUGACGAUCGAUGUGCGAAUAAAAUCGCGUAUAAAAAAACUUCACUGGUGCAACGCACUUCACUGCUGCACCACCACUGCAACGCAUAGACCCGACUAUUGCAGCUGCUCAGCUAUCUCUGUAUGACUACCUCUCCACCUCUUCACGAAGCCAAAGGAAGAAAGCGCGGAGAUUCUUCUACUGGAGCAAACGGCGCUGCAAACGGUAGUAUAGCAGCCAACGGCCAUCACGGAACAAUGCCAGAAGCAGAACCUGGAGCUUUCGCGAGUAGCGUCAAAGGAGAAACGCCAGCAUCGUCAUCCAGUAGAAAUGGGGCGAUUGAAGUGGCGCCGCCAGUACCUGGUGGAGGGGUAUCAGGGACAGCGUUGUCAUGUACUAGAAGUUUUUGGAGGUGAUUGUAGUUGGAAAAACAACUACAAACCGUGAUCUUCACUGACUCCUCUGCUAGCUGUAGACAGCAUGCUUGUGGUCCUGGUUGUGGAGGUUAUUGUGGUCACGACAAGUUGGCUAAAAAAUCAUCGUUUUUGGUGAUAGUACAGUUCGUUGGAAAAAGAAACCGUCACUCCUGUGCUAGAAGUUGCAUACUUGUGGUUUUGAUGAUUUUUUAGAAGACUCCCUCUCAUCAAAACAAAUCAUCAACACCAAGAACACAGGUCAAUACCAAGCAGAGCUAUCGAUCGAUAACACUGCCUUUUUCAUAGAAGCAGAGAAGCCGAUUCUCAUCAAAAAACUUGUCGAAGUCCUAUUGCUGCAAGUGAACGAGAUAAACAUGGAGAUAACGGAGGAAGGCGUGUCGAUAAGAGGUAUCCAAAUCGAGUGUAUGAAACUACUUCUAUGAGGAAAAAGAAACUUCUACAUAGGAUAGGGGAAAAAAUUGAGGUUAUCACGACUACAUCAGAACUAUAUCAGGACCUUUUUUUUGAGUUUGAAAACUAGAUCUCCAUUACCACUAAUCAACACGAAAAAACCAGGUAUGGAAAGUUCCCAGAUCGCAUUGAUGGACGUGAACCUUUCUAGAGGGAACUUCUGUACUUUCACGGUGAAUCGACCAACUACGAUUGGUCUGCAACUACCUCUGCUCCGGGAUAUGAUGAAAACAGCGGGCCCGGGAGACUUUUUCAGACUUUAUAAUUAUGAAACAUGUUGGAAUGUUAAUGUCGUGAUUGUUAUCUAGUACUGUUUUUUCGUGCACUAUUCCUUGUUUGUGAUCUCUUUCUCUAUCUACAACUGCUAUUAAUUUCAUUUUCAGCAGCACAUGGUUAAUCAGCACAAACAGGAGAUCUUCUAAUGGCAAAACGUAGAGGACGAAUACGUACACAUGGAAUUGUUUCCAAAGAGUUCACCGCUUAUGGCAGCCCAUGCGAAACUCCAUUUUAGCUGGAAGAGUAUGGACAUCGAUAUGGAAGUCAUACAGCCACCGGAUGUAAUUAUUUUUGUUUCUUAUUGUGAUUCUACUUUAUGUUUUUGCUUGCUUAUGCGGUGGAUCAUUCUACUCAUUGUUUCCCUCGCGUAAUACUAGGGAAAAGUUGUAAAGAAGAUCAAAUUCCUCAAAUUCGUAUUAGGGCUCCAGAUUCAUCUCAUCUGAUUCCAUCAAACCCAGCACAACAUCAACAUCAAAACCACUACUACAGCAUCUCUGUGCCGGUGAGCCCACGAUCGUCAUGGAGAGUUCCAGAUUUAAGGAAUUGAUGUCGGAGUUCAAAAAUUUGGGAGAACAAGUGGAGCUAGCGCUGAAUACCGACCAGCAUGGAGAGCAUCAUCUCCUGUGGCAUGUAAGUGAGGCAUCGCGCGUCAUGGACGUAUGGGUCGACUCAAGAGGUGACGGAGGGUCUGGCGGCAGAAGGGUACUUAUAGUACAAUAUAGUUAUAGUAGAUAUACUUUUUUCAACUCUGUUCUUGUUUUAAUGCAAGUUGUACUACUACUAGGGAACAAGAUCAAUAUCUUUGGCUAGUAUAUAAUGCAAGUUGUACUACUACUAGGAAACAAGAUCAAUAUAAUCUUUGGCUAUGAAACUACUAACACGGCUUAAAAAUAACUACACAGGUCACAAUAAACCGCAACGGUCUGCAAAAUUGGCGGAAGAGUUUUGGGCUCAAACAUCUCGACAUCUUCUCACGCGGCUCCACGCUUUCCAACAAGAUCAAGCUGUGGCUGUCCGAAACGCAUCCUGCCUGUUUUCACUACGAUAUUGAGGAGGAUAUGAACAAGGGCUGGGCACGUUUUUGGUUAGCUCCAUUCGCCGAAACUGCCGCUGUCGGAAACUAGAAACUGUUGCUUUCGAAAUCCAAUAGAAGAAAAUGGUGCCGAUAGAGAUUAAUCGCGAUAGGGCUCAAUAUGAUUGGAACAUCAUGCCGUGGUUGAAAAUCACAAAACUUUCGAGAGAAAGAAAAAUCUGAUCCCUUAUACCUGAUAAAACCUUAUGUGAUGCGCUAUCAGCAAAACUCCCAAGAUUUGAAGAUUACUUAGAAGAAACGAAAUUGAAGAACAACCCUUGACCCCUCGGAAAACAUUGUAUAUUCUGAUAAUUACACCUAAACCUAGUAUUCGUAUUCGAAAAGACGAAUAUUGCGAAAAAUUUUUCUCAUAAGUAGGCACCACGAGUAGGAGAACGAGUAAAGAGAGAUAAAGACGAGCAGG